CUAAAGAGCAAAUUUUCAGCGUCAGGAUGUGAUGGCGACAUGAGUGUCGUUCGCGGGGAUGCACUCUUCCCUUUGAUAACAUCUAUUUCGUUCAUGCGUGCCAUGCAGACACUACUGCUAGUAUCUACAACUUAGAUCACUAGUAGUUUCCAGCUGCCACUUUUGACGGCCGACUUUUGAGCUUCUCCACGGUGGAUCACGUGGUGUCUCUCCUCCCAGUCUCCAACACUUGCCUAAUCGGGAAGAGCUCAACUAUAAGGCUGAGAUUGACUGGUUCAAAUCUCAAUCAUCGCGUCUAGACCACCAUCACCAUGGGUGUUCAUGACAUCGAAAAGCAACGCCCUAUGGCUCCUGGCGAGCCCAUGGCUGAGCGUAAUGCCAAGGACCCCAGCACCUUAGCUACCGAUUAUCUGGAGCCAGAGAUUCCAUAUAUCAAUGCGAAUAAGCUGGCCCGGAAGCUCUCUCCCCGCCAGGUGCAGAUGAUCGCCAUCGGCGGCACCAUUGGUACGGGGCUGUUCCUGGGAACGGGUAAGGCGCUGGCCACCGGUGGGCCGGCGUCGAUGCUGAUCUCGUAUACCAUCUGUGGUGUCAUUGUGUUUAUUACCAUGUUGUCGCUGGGUGAGAUGGCGGCGUUUAUCCCUGUUGCGGGUUCGUUUUGUACUUUUGCUGGUCGCUUUGUUGAUGAUGCUCUGGGCUUUGCUCUGACCUGGAACUACUGGUUCAAUGAUGCGGUGUCGACGGCGUCGGAUAUUAUUGCGCUUCAGUUGCUGCUGGAGUAUUGGACGGAUAAUUUCCCGGGAUGGGCAAUAAGCUUGAUAUUUUUGGUCGUGGUUAUUGCGCUGAAUAUGCUGUCGGUCAAGGUUUAUGGCGAGGUUGAAUACUGGCUUAGUCUUCUCAAGGUGGUGACUAUCAUCAUCUUCAUCAUCCUCGGCAUCGUCGUCAACUGCGGCGCAAACACCCAGCAUAAAUACAUCGGCAACAAGUACUUCUACACCGGCGAAGCCCCCUUCGUCGGAGGCAUCGGCGGCUUCGCCUCUGUCUUCGUCACAGCCUCUUUCGCCUACGGCGGCACCGAAUCCAUUGCCAUCACCGCCGGUGAAACCAAAGACCCGGCCAAGAACCUCCCCCGAGUCGUCCGCAACGUCUUCUGGCGCAUCAUCCUCUUCUACAUCGUCUCCAUCGUCCUCAUCGGUCUGGACGUCCCCUACAACUACCCGAACCUAUCCUCCGAAACCACCGCGACCAGCCCCUUCACCAUCGUCUUCGUCGAAGCCGGCAGUGCUGUGGCCGGCAGCUUCAUCAACGCCGUGAUCAUGACCAGCGUCAUCUCCGCCGCCAACCACGCCCUCUUCGCUGGUUCCCGUCUUCUCUACACCCUCGCCGUAGACGGCUACGCGCCACGAUUCUUCGGCCACCUGAACCGCUUCCAAGUCCCCUGGGUAGCAGUCCUCGCCACCUCCGUCAUCAGUGGACUCUGCUUCGGAGCGAGCUACAUUGGCGCAGGCCAACUAUGGUCAUGGCUGCAGAAUAUCGUCGGUGUCUCCAAUCAACUCUCCUGGACUUUCAUCGGCCUCGCCUCCCUACGCUUCCGCGCCGCCAUCCGCAAACAGAACCUGGAACAUCUCCUCCCGUACAAGAACUGGACGUAUCCCGUGGGACCGAUUCUCGCUAUCGUCUUGAAUGUCGUUCUGAUUCUGGUGCAGGGUUGGUCCUGCUUUAGUCCGCAUUUCAAGGCCGUGGACUUCGUCUCGUAUUAUAUUGAGUUGCCGAUCAUGUUGGUCAUGUUUUUGGUGUGGAAGUUGGUUAAGAGGACCAAGUUGGUCAAGUUGGAGGUUAUGGAUUUGGUUACGGAUCGGUGGAAUUUGGAGGUUGUGGGGGGAAGAGAAGUUGAGGAGGAUGAUGGGGUGGGUAGUAGUAAUGGAGAUGGG